AUGACGGAUACCAAUAAGACUGACGAAGAUGGUGGCACAAGGAAGAGGUACCCAAGUCUAAACCCUCAGGUGCCGUUUGACGCGGAAAUUUCGAAUAAUUAUUUGAUCGCUUUCGGUGAUUUUUCACAUUUUUUCGAUGAGGAAGAGAAAUAUAGUCGGAAAUCAGCUGGGAGUAACGAUGAGACUAGUGAGAAGAGUCCGACGUCUCCUGAUUCUGAUUCUGAAUCCAAUUCAGAAUCCAAUAAGGAGAAUGAAGAGGGGAAAGGGAAGGAAGCGAUCGAGGUGGAGUUGGAGACAAAGAAGACGAUGCCGUUGAGACGGGCGAGGGAUCCGGCGAAUCGGACACCGUUGCAAGAUGCCCCACAAAUCUGUCUCUCCUUUGGUGGUUGUGGAUUCUUGGGAUCUUAUCAGUUUGGAGCGGCCAAGACAAUAUACGAUCAUGGAAAAGAGCUGCUGAAACGAGUCGUCCGGUACUCGGGGUGCUCAUCGGGAAGUCUCGUGGCCACAAUGCUCAUUUUUAACCCGGAAAAAAUCCCCGAAGCGGUCGAGGAGAUCUACAAAAUGGCGGAUGAGGUGAACGAGACGGCGCUCGGCGCAAUGUCUCCCGGAUUUGUGAUUGGUGAACGUCUUCGGCGUGUCGUGGAGAGAUUUGUGCCCGAUGAUGUAUCAAAAGCGAAUGAUUUGCUCUAUGUAUCGGUUACGCGGCUCAAGACAUGGAAAAACGAGCUGAUAUCUCAAUUCUACUCGAAAUCCGAUUUGAUCGACUGCUUGAUGGCUAGCUGCUACCAUCCGAUGUACUCGUCUGGACUGUCUGGAAAGGCGCCGAUUUUGAGGGGAGAGGCCUACAUCGACGGUGGUUACUCCAAUAUUCUACCCGAGUUCCUCGACAAACGCACCGUCUCGGUGACGGCGUUCGCCGGUGACGCCGACGUGUGUCCCGUCGAGAAAUCGGCGCUCUUCAACGACUGGAUGUUCGCAUUCUUCAAUCAGAACAUGAAAAUGACGUUUUCCAACGUGAAACGGGUGUCCAACGCGUUGUUCCCACCGCCACGUGGAAUGCUUCAGAAGUAUUAUGAAGCUGGGGCCCAGGAUGCGGAGAAGUUGUUGAAGGAGGCUGGGAUGUGGAAUGAUUAG